AUGAAUCAGAAUAGUCCACCAUUAAAUCCGGUUGUCGAUAAGGUUAAGAAUUCAUUGAUCAGUGUAUUGAAUAACUCUACCGAUGAGCUAAAGUCACCAGCAAGCUUACUGUCUGGACUGCACACGAAUUUCGUCACCAAAGACAGUCCACUGAAUCUAAACAGCAACAGCGUCAAUCAUCAUGGAAAUUCAUCGCCAAUCAACAACAUAAACAAUAAUCACAGCAGUCCACCAAUGUACUCACAACAACCACCACCAUCGGGACAACUACAACAACCUACACAACUACAACUGCAGAAUGGUGGUGGUGGUGGUAAUGAGCACCAAGAUAUGGAAAUACCUCCAAUAUCCAAUGUAUUUUCUAUAAUCAACCAUAACAACAAUAAUAAUCACCAUAAUAAUCAUCAUCAUAUGCCCGACAACAGCAACAGCAACAGCAGCAAUAAUAGCAACAGCAACAGUAUGGAUAACGAUCUACAUCAUCAUAGUAUUCUUCAAUCGGCACCAUCGUCUUUCAAGAAUAUCAACAACAGCAAUACGCUCACCAGUAUGGCAGCUGCCAGUGGCAUCGUUGGAAAUAACUCGCCACCGGGAUCGCCUUCGAUUUCGUCGGCACCGUCCACUCCAAUGUCGGACACAUCGAAUACCAACAAGGGACAGCAGUCGCCACAGACCGGCCUGCAAACAUGUUCACACUCCUCGCACGAAGCAUGGUGGGGAACCAGUCCCGAGUUGCCAGCGUCCGAGUUUUACAACCGUUCCUACAAGUGCAAGAAGUGCUACAUCCGACAGCAAACCGAGAGCAAAAAGAUGCGACUGACCAACCAGCAACAUCAACAGCAGGCAGCACAGCAACACGCCGCAGCCCAACAGCAAGCCGCCGCAGCACAGCAGGCAGCAGCGCAACAAGCGGCAGCACAGGCAGCAGCGCAACAGCAACAACAUCAGUUAAUGAACGGCAACGGCUAUUCAUCUUCAUCGUCAUCAACAGCAGCUGGAGGUAAUCUGUCGAAUAACAACAACAGCAGUAAAACACCAAAGAAAUAUGUAAAGAAGAAGCAGAGAGAGGAAGAAGAGAAACACAUGACCGAUGACAAGAAAAUCGAGUUUUUCCAUAGAUUCUGUCAACAACUUCAAUCCGUCAUAAGUGGAGGUUCAAAUGAAAAUUUGAUUGGAGUUUUAUCAGGGAAAGCAGGUCAAUUCAUUGGACAGUGUAAGGUGCAGGGCAAGUUGGAUUCUGGAUUUGCAGCGGAAUUUCACAUUGAUGGAAAAAUUUAUAAAGGAAUGGUAUUUGAAGAAAUGAAGAGCUCAAACAAUCAAAACCUUCUACAACAACAACAACAACAGCAACAACAACAACAACAACAUAGUAUUCUACACAUGGAUAGUAAUAGCUUAUUAUCACAAUAUCACAACCAAACCCACGACAAUCCAAACAACAGCCUACACACGCCAGACUACAAUUUACUCCUGCAGCAACAACAGCAACAACAACAACAAUGGUUUAUGAGUCAGUCGAAUCUUGAUAGUUUAUCACAACUAAACAAUAUGCAUCCAUUAAAGAAACAAAAGUCAAACAAUAUCUAA